UUACCAGCUUAGUCAAAGUAAUUAAUUGACUAAUUUUUGAUGCAACACGAAUUUUAUCUGAGUUUAUAUCCAUUCCUGAAGCUGCUUCAGCAUUAAUGAAUAAUAAGUAUUUCUAUUUUGAUCAUCAGAAGUGAAGUUACUUUGGCGCCGUUUUGUGCCUCAUGUAUUAGAUACUCAUAAAUUGAUGGGAUUUUUGUAGCGGAAAAACAAAUACAGGAUUUUUGUGUUGGUUAUUUAUCUAGUGUCGAAAUGGUUGGAAGAAAGUGGAUCAUAUAUUAUGUCGUAACUUUUUUAUAUUGUCUGAAAGAAGGUUCCUCCCUCAUUUGCUACUCGUGCUCGGCUAGCAUUGGGCAUAAUGCUGCUUGUGAAAAUAUCACAGAGCAAUCAUCAAGCAUUUCUCAUCACCAAUGUUUCUACCAUGAUGCAGUUUGUGCUAUUUAUAAAAUAAAAUAUGGCAGUGAUGUUAUAAUUUACAGGAGCUGCAAAAAUGCAGACGUCUGCUUUGGCCUCUCCGCGAAAUUUAACAGCCAGUACAAUCAACUUCUUGAAUGCCAAACGUGUAAAGGUGUUUUGUGCAACUCCGCUUAUGGAUUUUUUCCACGGCAUUCCUCUAUUCAGUUAUUCUUGUUGUCUUUAGUUGUUCUAUUUAGUUCAUUCGUUAUCCAACGGCAUCAGUAUUCAUGCAUUCUUUCAUAAGUUGUGAGGACUGAAAUUUUUAUUUAUAUUCGUUCUUCAUUUCUGGUUUCGCAUUUUUCAUAAGUAGAUAACUAAUUUUUUCACGCGAAUCAUAGGAUUGAAUGUAAUUUCAUUUAGGUUUAUUUGUCAUUUAUUUUAUAGUUUUCAAUUUAUAAUAUGAAUAAGUAAUUAGAAUUGUGUGAAACAGGAUGAGUAUGCAAAAGGGCUGUUUUACUCAGAAGAUUGAAUUACAUUAUUUUAACCAUGAAUGCUGUAUUCUUCGUUGGCAGGCAUAUCAUUUCGAUUGAAAUCGGAAUUCUCACUGAUUUGUACGAUUCGUUAUAAUGUGAGUGUUAAAUAAAAUACAACUGAAA